AUGUCUUCUGGUCCCGAAGUCAGCGAACGAAAAAUUCGUCCAAUUUAUGAGGCACUUGACAGUAAUAAUUACAAGUCGGCAUUACAGCAAUGUAAUAAAUUGCUUAAAAAACAACCGGAUGCUCUUGUUCUGAAGGGAUUAAAAGCAUUGAUACUUGAAAGGACGGGAAAACCCGAAGAAGCUUUGAAGCUUUGUGACGAAGUAAAGGAAGGAAAACCGAUUGAUGAACAGAUUUUACAAGCCCUUACCAUGGUUUACAAAUCUUUGGGAAAAUUCGAAGAAAUCGUUAAAAUUUAUGAGAAUGCUACUGGCCUGAAUCCCACCAACGAAGAACUUGGCAACCAUUUGUUUAUGGCAAUGGUUCGAAUAAAUGACUUCAAGGGGCAACAACAAGUAGCAUUAAAGCUGCACAAGACUUUCAAAUCAAAUAAAUAUUUAUUUUGGGCCAUAAUGAGUUUGUUAUUGCAGGCUGAGAACGCGCCCUCUGGUCAGUCCGGUAUUUUAUUAUCGCUGGCUGAGCGCAUGAUGCAGAAAGCCGUCCAGGAAGGGAGAUUGAAACACACAGAAGAGGUUCAUCUUUAUCUAAUUGUGCUUCUGACACAGAACAAAUUUGAGGAAGCGUUAGAAGUGGUAACAGGGAACCUUGGAAAAAUGUGCAAAGGAGACACUGAAAUAAUCCGUAUUUGGAACGAAUUACUCAUCAAAACGGAGAAAUGGACCCAGGCUAAUGAGUUGAGCAGGAAUUCGCUCACUGAAACGAAUCUUGAUGAUUGGAGGAGCUAUUUGACAUAUCUCGAUUCUUGUUUACACCUGUUGUCUAAAUCUUCAAGCGACGAAAAUGAUGUGAGUUUGGAAGAUGCUCGCAAAUUUUUGUAUUCCUUGCAAGAAACUGUAAAAAAAAAUUCGGAAUACAAACGGGGACCUUUCCUUGCCGAAAUGGAGUUGGAAAAGCGUGUAACCACAGAACUAAAUGGGAAACCAGCAAAGGAGAUCGACUUGCUGGUUGUCGAUUACUUCAAAAUAUUUGGUGCCAAAGCGUGUUGUUUUGAAGAUUUGCAACCAUAUCUGAAAGCUAUUCCAAAUGAUCUGGCCAAAAAGAUAAUAAAAGAAAUCAAAGCCACGAUCGACGAUUCGAGUGACGACGAGAAGUCAAAGAUAUCAAAUAUUCAAAGAAAUGUCAACGUUUAUAAGCUUGAAAGAUUUCUCGGUUUGCUCGCAGAAUUAACUGAAGAUGAUGUGUUAUCAUAUGUCAAUAAACUCUGGGCUCUGUAUAAGGAUACUCUACAAUAUGGCGUAAAUAUAACUGAAACAGAGAAUCAACAUGGUGAUGAAUGUGUUAUAUUGGCCUCGCACGCAUUAUUCGACCUUUAUACAAAAGUUGGAAAAAACACCUUUAUCAUGCAAGCAAUUUUACUGCUGGAAAUGGCUUUGACUAAGAGCAAGCAUAAUUUCCAAUUAAAAUUGUUGUUGAUUCGAUUAUAUCAAAUUGUUGGUAUCUUUUAUAGACAAGCAGAUUUGUACAAGUCAAUGGAUUUCAAGCACGUGCAGCAGGAUACCAUGAGUCAUUAUAUAGUUGCACGAUCGUUCUCUAGCGGGUCCUUUGAGGAGGCGAUUCAAGCAUGUUAUGACACCCAGUCAAUAUAUAACAACAAUCAGAGUGAAACACCAGAGAUGGUAGUUCAAGCAUAUAAAUUUGCAACCUUUUCUAAGAUCCAAGAAUUCAUAGCAUUCUACAAGGAGCUUGAGAAUUCUAUUCAGAGGGCCCUUGUCGACAGAGAAAUAAUACGGCUCGAAUUUUUGACUGCAUCUAAAGUCACCGCAAAUGGUAUCAUAUAUAUCGAAGAGUUGGACGUGGCAGAUCUCGUCUAUGACGGUCCGUUGUUAUCGAUUUGUCGAUCAGAUGAUUUUUAUGAAGCACGUCGGGACAAUAGAGAUUUUUUAGUCAUGCUUGAUUGCAAUCCGUUCGGCAAAUCAACAUUUGAAGAAGCUUCUAGAGUUUCACCAAAGCUUGAUAAAUAUUGGUUGAAGUUGUUUACGAUUAUACCACUUAUUUUGAAAAGCAUGCGUGUCGACCAAAAUGUUGACACUAUUAAAAAAUUAGUUGGCGUAUUGGAAAAGUUGGUAAAUGAUGAGAUCAAAGAUAUCAAAAGUGUAACUCUGGAAGAAAGGAACGUUGCACAUACGGUGGUAAAACUGAGUCAUCUUUACUUAAUUAUAAAGGAAAUUUUGUCUGGACAAAAAGAAUCUGCAGAGAAAAUAACCUCCUCCGUGGAUGCUCUUCUCGGUGCAUUAAAGGCUGUUCAACCCCCUGACACCUCCCAGCUGACCGCAAAAGAGUUAUCGUGGGUUCACUUUCAUAGGUUCUCAUUAUUUCUUGAGGCGUGCAAUUACGUGAAAAUUGUUAACCAAAUUAUACAUGACAUGAUUGGCCCCAAAAACAAAAAGUCGAGCCAUAGAGAAUUGACUAAAAUCACGCAAAGUCUGAGCAUAGCGAUCAAGGAUCAUAUUCAGCACUUGAACAAACAAUUAAUAAAUCUUCAAAGUAAAGUCGAAGGCGAAAAUACUGCUCUUUACAUCUUUGAUUAUAUUAAGGCAGGGAAGCACAUCGAAUUUUGUUCAGCUGAGGAAAACAUAUCUGAUAUUCUAUUAUUCCUAAACAAGAUGGAAAAUAGUUGGACAGCAAGCCUGAAAGCUUUAAUUAAAGAAACUGAGGCUAGAAUUGUUGAAUCUUCACACUAG